CGUAUGUUAAGAAUUAAGAAAACUGCGGAGAAUUUUGAAAGCAGCUGCCCAGGUAAUUGCCUAGCUCGUAAGGAUUAGGGCGACCGCGUUAGUUAACUUUUGCUACCUGUGUUUUGUAUUUAAGGGCGUUGCUGAAGGAGUGUAAGUUACAUUUCUCACUUGGCACUCGAACAGGUCACACCCACAAUAUGAUACAGAACACUGCAUUCUACAAGACGGCACUGGAAGCGAAGCAUCCAGUGUUGCCGCCAUUGGACGAGCGUAUUCCGAACCGUAUAGAUGAUCUGCAUGAUAUUAUAUUCGAGAACAUCUUCGAGAGCAUCACCUAUCUGAACGAUCAAGUGAGCAUGGCUCGUGCCUAUCCGCAAUUCCUGCCACUUAUACUGAAAAUUUGGAAUCGGCGCAAGCAUUAUCGCGUUGUUGGACCAAAUACUGCAUUCUUAGGCCUGCUCGAUCUGGAGAAUUAUGUGUUUUUCAUGGAGCAUAUGACGGAGCGCUUCGUCGAGCUGCAUGUACAUGAGGAUGGCGUGGGAUCCUUUGCCGAGUUCUACAACUACAUCACCCAUCUGUGCGACAUAAAUAUUACACUCUUUCCGAAUGUGGAGAGCUGCAUACUUACGGGGAAUCCAGAGACUAUGGUGGAUGAGGACAUACGUGAUCUCACUGUUAUACUGCCGAAUCUGAGGCGCUUGACCAGCGGCAUGAACCUCUCCGGCCUCUAUAUGCGUGGCUUUCGCAAGCUGGAGGAGCUUGUCUUCAAGUCUGUGUACCAUUCAAUCCCACUGCAGCGGUCCUACAUACAGGACAUUUGUUUGUCCAUGACCCAGCUGCGUGUUCUGGACAUCACAGACUCCUUCGACAGCGCCAUCGUUCUGGAGGACAUCAAGCUGCCCAACCUGGAAGUGCUCAGACUCAAUCUAAACAGCGUCGAGUGUAUGCUGCGUCAGGUGCUGCAGUUGCCCAAGCUGCGAAAACUGGGCAUUCGAUUCGAUGACUCCCGCCAACUGAACGCCCAUCAGGAAACCAUUUUCCAGGAGAUCAUUAUGGCGAAGAGCGAGCGCAUCACACGCAUCGCUCUCAACAACGAGGUCGUACAAUUGCCUGCCCGCUGGCAUCAGAGUCUGCUCGUCGAGCUGCCAAAGCUGCGCUCCCUGAUCUGCGAGAAUUGGUAUCACGAUGAACUAUUCCUAGACCGAAAGCAUAUUCCAGGCAAUCAAAUGGAAACACUCAGCUUCAGCGGCUGGGAAGUGCUGCGUGAGUGCCAGUUGCUCGAACUGAUAGCCGACUGUCCCCACCUGAAGUAUCUCCAUCUCAAUGGCUAUCACAGCACUACGACCAAGCUGCACAAACUUGUAACGAUUCGCGAGGCAUUGCGCAAUCCCAAGACCUUGCUGGUCUCCAGUGAUGAAUUGUGGACACAUUUGACGCCCAACGAGUUCCAGUACUGGCGCACGCACAAGUAUGUGCAGGUGGGCUGCGAUUUGCCCGAAUCCUACUUUCAGGAGGAUGGCUUUGAGUUCGAUUUCGAAUGAAUGGCCACGAGAGAACACAAAUUGUACAUUUUUAUUGUAAUUGUUGUAAAUAACCAAAUAAAUAUUACGCAUAAGAUUUUUAUUGA